AUGACUUCAUCUUUAGAAAAAGAACAAGAUCCACCGGUAACUGGGUCGGUUAAUGAUGAUCAACCUUCCCCAACUAGAUUUGAAAUAGAAUUGGAGUUUGUUCAAUCUUUUGCUAAUAUACCUUAUGUGGUAUAUCUAUUCAGCACAUUACACCUACACAAAUCACCUGAAUUCCUAAAUUAUCUAAAAUAUUUACAUAAGUAUUGGAGUACUGACCCAAAAUAUUUUCAAUGUAUUGUUUAUCCUAAUUGUUUACAUGUCUUGAAAAUUAUAGUUGACUUGAUAGAUAGUGGGAAUGUUGAUGAAAUCCCUAAAUUUUUUCAAACUAAUGGUGGAAAUAUAAUGAAUGAAAUGGUGGAAAGAUUUAACAACUAG